GCAGGUUUUUUAUUAUUAUUAUUAUUAUUUUUAUGUUUUUUUUGGAGGGGGGAUGGGGGGGGCAUAUGACAGGAAGCUGGGGAUAUGGCGAGUAGAGGGGGACAUGGAGAGGAGGAGGAGGAUGCGUCCGAGGAGGACGGCGAGAAUAGCGAGGACGGCGACGACGAGGAGCAAAGAUGGGGGAGGAGAAGAGAUGGACGGAGGGAAAGAGGAAGGGCGGGAGGAGGACGAGUGGGAGGAGGACGAGACAUGGACGGAGAGGAAGGGAAGGACAUGAGGAAGUUGAAGACCAAUGUACGUGACGUCAACACCAAUGCUGAUCACCAGCAUACACCAGUUUGCUUAGAUAUGCAAGUCUUUGGCUGUGAACCAUUAACGGAUGCGCUGACACUGGUGUCUUGUAACUUUUGCCAGAAGCCCAUAAGGAAAUGCCAGUUUGCUGUACAUGCCGAGCGAUGCAGUGCAAUGGCUGCAGCUAAGAACAGGGUGGGUGAGGAAGCACCAUCGCCAUCGAUCGACCCGGCUGGCACCGACGGGAACAUUGCUGGUAGAAAACGGAAGACAGACAUGAUGCUGGCAGGGAGAAAGCGGAAGACUAGAAAGAAAGGGAUCAAACCACUUGAAAAUGUGGGGGAUAGUGUCUUCACGUUCGACUGCACUGACGGGGGUGCUUUUUUGCAACCGCACCCAGACGAGAGGCAUGGCAGCGACAGUGGACGGAGUAUUGGAGGAGGGGAAGGGAAAGCCUCGGCUGAUGCUGGAGGGAAAGAAACUGCCAGCAGCGCGUUUGGACACAGCAUAGCCCAUGCGAAGCCAUGGAAUGGAGAAUCUGUCAAAGCAGCGGAUGGGAACACCAUAGAGUCCGGAGCCUGCCUGCCUUGUGAAGAGGAGAAGCCGGCGCCGCUGCCACCGCCACCGCCGCCGCCGCAUCCUGCACUCGGCAAACAGACGAGGAAUCGCCCCAGCAAAAAGGUGGAAGGAAAGCAUCACGUGGAGCUAAGCAAAAGGGCAGGCAGCGGUAGGUGGCGGCCGAUCAACCAGUUGCUGAAGGAAACUCAGCCCAAGCAGAAAGUGCCUUCAGUUAUCGAUAGCGACAAGCAAGAGAAGAAGAAACCAGUACUCUCAGAAGGCUCGGCAAUUCCUCAGCCGCUAGCCGUGAAGACGUACUGUCGAGGCUACAGGGAUCACCUUUGCAGCAUAAUCGCCACGCUGUACCAGCAGGUGUGUUCGCGAAUAGUGUCAGCGGCAGAGGCUGGGUUACCAGUCGGGGAUGCAUCCUCUGUACCAGGUCCACCAGCUGCACCAGGUGCAUCAACUGUUGCAGGUCCACCAGCUGUACCUGGUCAAGGUGAAACUGCAACAUUCAUGGAAUCUGAGUGUGCCGCGGGUAAUCCGGGCAUCGAUCCUGAAGGGGUACUGCUGAAGCGGUUGCGUGCGAAUCUGCCAUCCACAGGAGCAAUACAGCCCAGAGGAACACCUUAUAUAUCUCAAAACCCUAAGCAGCAGGUAACCCAGAGGCAUAUGCUAAAAGGGGUUGGGGUCGGUGCGGUUGGUGGUAGACAGACGAAGGGCUCUUCUUGGCAGUGGUCUGAGGAUCAGGCGUCGGCCAUGCCAUCCAAUCAAAUGGGAUGUGGUGAGGUUAUUCAAGGUCAAGGUCCUAGUCUUGUGGAGGCCAAGGAUAAGUCUAUUAUGCCACGGGUCUUGCCGCCGACAACAGCAAUGGAGUCGGGUGUUCGCAUUGCUGCACCAAUGACUAGUCCGGGAACGAGGCCCCAAGCUGAGGUGCACCAGACGCCGCCUUUUUCUAACGACCCUUGGGCUCGGGAACCCUCUGAUCUGAGUAGGAGGGCUGAUGUAGAUGCCACAGCCGGCAUCAACAGAAAGGAAGCGGCCGUACCGCCGGAAGCUGUGCUCCGAGGGUCCACCGGGACCGGCAUCAGAAUGUCUGGCGGCGCCGGGCCUGGGAUAUUGUCGAAGACGGGACCGACGGUGGUUGUCGGUGAAACGCCCAUGCAUCAUCAUCACCACCUCCAUCAUCAUCAGCCGCAGCAGCAGCAGUACGUGCGCCUACAGCAAAAUGCGCCGGGGACAGGGACGAUCAGUUCGCCCAGGGUAGGCGCGGCAUCGAUAACCCGUUUCUCUUCGAGUCUGUCGACACCAUCGAAGGAAGAAGGAUAAUGAAUAAGUGAAGGAGGGAAUGAAGGUCCACAAGCAAA